AAAAAAGCAACGCAAAAAACAUACAACAGCCGGUGUUCGCCAGUGGUCACCCACCUGACUACUAAUCUGCCUCUCAUUNGCUUGACUCUGGGAGAGCGGACGGGAUCCCGUAUAUUCCAAUGGAUAUGGUCGUAUGUGAUAGAACACUGUGUUGCUGGUAAUUAUAGAGCAACCACCAACGAAACGAUGUAAAAAUAAAAAACAUACAACAGCCGGUGUUCGCUGAUGGUCACCCACUCAACUACUAAUCUGCCGGUUAGUGGCUUGUCUAUGGGGGAGCAGACGGGACCCCGAAUUCUCCACUACCUAUGGUCGUAUGUGCUAAAUCAAGG